CAACAGUGUACCAACACUAUACGACAGUGUACCAACACUAUACAACAGUGUACCAACACUAUACGAGGUAUCACCACUAUACAACAGUGUACCAACUCUAUAGAAGAAUGUACCAACACUAUACAACAGUGUACUAACAUUAUACAACAGUCCCCAGGGACGAGUGCCCACCUCAACUACACGCUAUACCCUGCGCAAGGCAAUACUUAG